GACGUCCGGCCCCGCCUGAGGAGCCGCCCGGGCCGAGGCAGCCGAGCGCCGCGGCCCCGCUCCGCACCGCACCCGCCGCCUUCCCGCUGCGCUCCCGGCUCCGCUCCCGGCCCCGCUCCCGGCCGCCCGCAGCCCGCCGCGCUCCCCCACCGCCGCCAGCCCCUCGCCACGUUCCCUCCCCGCCGCCGCCAUGGGUUGUACGCUGAGCGCCGAGGACAAGGCGGCGGUGGAGCGGAGUAAGAUGAUCGACCGCAACCUGCGGGAGGACGGCGAGAAAGCGGCCAAGGAGGUGAAGCUGCUGCUGCUCGGUGCUGGAGAGUCUGGGAAAAGCACGAUUGUGAAGCAGAUGAAGAUUAUUCAUGAGGAUGGCUACUCAGAGGAAGAAUGCAAACAAUAUAAAGUGGUUGUCUACAGCAAUACUAUCCAGUCCAUCAUUGCAAUCAUAAGAGCCAUGGGAAGGCUAAAGAUAGACUUUGGGGAAGUUGCCAGAGCAGAUGAUGCUCGUCAGUUGUUUGUCCUGGCUGGAAGCGCAGAGGAAGGCGUGAUGACGGCUGAGCUCGCCGGCGUCAUCAAACGGUUGUGGAGAGAUGCUGGAGUUCAGGCCUGCUUCAGCAGAUCCAGAGAGUAUCAGCUUAACGACUCUGCAUCCUAUUACCUAAAUGACUUGGAUAGAAUAUCCCAGCCGACCUAUAUUCCAACUCAGCAGGAUGUUCUGCGGACCAGAGUCAAAACUACAGGCAUUGUGGAAACACACUUCACCUUCAAGGACCUGUACUUCAAGAUGUUUGAUGUUGGUGGCCAACGGUCGGAGCGGAAGAAGUGGAUCCACUGCUUUGAAGGAGUGACAGCAAUUAUCUUCUGUGUGGCCCUCAGUGAUUAUGACCUUGUCUUGGCUGAGGAUGAGGAGAUGAACCGGAUGCACGAGAGCAUGAAACUGUUUGACAGCAUUUGUAACAACAAAUGGUUUACAGACACAUCCAUCAUUCUCUUCUUGAACAAGAAAGACCUGUUUGAGGAGAAGAUUAAGAAAAGCCCCCUGACAAUCUGCUAUCCAGAGUACACAGGCUCCAACACGUACGAGGAAGCUGCUGCCUACAUCCAGUGUCAGUUUGAAGACCUCAACAGGCGGAAAGACACGAAGGAGAUUUACACCCACUUCACCUGCGCCACCGACACCAAGAACGUGCAGUUUGUGUUCGACGCCGUCACGGACGUCAUCAUCAAAAACAACCUGAAGGAGUGUGGCCUCUACUGAGGAGGAGGAGGAGGUGUGGGGUGAAGUCCUUAUGGCAUUUUGAGACCCGGGCUCUUUGCUGCCUCACCGAGUCGGCUGCAAGCAUGACCAGGACCAGGGAAACGAAAACAGCAUGUUCUUUAGCACAAUCUUCUGUCUUAGGGACCUCUUUAUUUUUUAAUUGCUGUGGGGUGUCUGAAGUGAGGUCGAGGUGGAACAAACCGUGAGUGUGACUUGGCUCAUCCCGGCGUCAUCUCCAACGUGUACAGCUCUCGUGAAGUUGGGGUGCUGGCUUCCAGCCCUUGGAUAUGUAGCUUUCCUCUCUUUCCUUUGGUUAACAAAACCACCACUAGUCUGUUUUUAAGGGUUUGUUUGGUUGUUAUUGUUUUUUUCUUUUCAUCAGGAGACUAGACCUUUACUCAGUGUCGUUUCUUUCGUUUGCAAAGCAGAUCUUUGUUUUAAUAAGAGACAAGAAAAAGACAAAAAAAAUAUAAUCACUGAACUAUAACUAUGCACAUGGUGACCAGGUCAUGCAGGAAGCAUUCCUCUUAGCAGGAACUCUUUGUUUUUAACACUUGGUAUGGUCAGGAUUUAACAUUUCUGCAACUAAAAGGAUUCUUAGGGCGAGAGCUCUGGCUUUUGCUGAGGUGUCAGUUGGUUCCCUCCCCGCUCCUGUCAGCCUUUUGGAGAAGAAGCUUCUGCAGCAGGAUGAGCAAAUCUUUUAGUGUAAGGGUCCCAUCAAACCCUCUUGAUGCUGAUACCCAAAUUGAGACUCAUCUCCACGUGGGAAGCACAACCCUGUCUCCAUGCUGAGCCCCUGGGGAGCCCCAUGUGAGCUGGAGCGUGGCUGGGGCUUCCUGCCGCCGCUUCAGCUCUUGUGCGGUUUUGGCUCUUAACUCGCCCAUUUCGUAAAGGCUGCACCUAGUUCUGCAUUUCCCAUGGCCUUUUCCAUUCAGAGGCUCUCAGCUGUGGUGACAGGCAUGGCCUUUACUUUGUAUAUGUGGUGCCAAAUCCCCCUUUGCCAUGGUUUUUACCGUCGUGCCCCUCCUCUCCAGGCAGUACAUUCCUUUGCUGAACCGUUGCGUCGAGGCUCUCUCCCCCUCACCCCCUUUGUCACGUGUACAGUUUCAAUCUGUUAGAGUUGUUGGCAGUAUUAAAAUGGUGAGUUAAACAACUUUA